CAAAGUGCCCACAUCAGCUCACAUAGCUUUUACCCUAUAUUCAACUGUAAUAACCACCACCACCCCCCCUCCUCCUCCAGGCCUCUCACCUCACUCAAAAAUACACAAUCACAGUUGAUCUACCACCAUGGCUGCCGCCGCAGCUGCAGCCAUGAGCUCAUCUUUCUCCCCCUCCAUCUACACCGUCAAAUGCAUUCGUUCAUCAUCCAAUCAUUCAUCCCCCGACCAUCUACACCUUAAAAUGUCACCAAAUCGCAUGCCAUCACCGUCAUCGCUAUCACACUCUUUUGCUAUAGAGCCACUACUUUCCAUUAGUAGUAUCGGGACCUCGAAUAAGUUUCGGGUGCUGAGGAUAACAACUACUUGUGUUGCUCAAGAAGGGGUGGCAGUGACUGAUGAGGUUGAAGUUGAGCAAGUGGUAUUGGCCGAGGAGAAGGAGGAGAAGCAAGCAGAGGAAAAAGUAGUUGCCGCGGUGGAAGAAGUAGGAGGAGGAGGAGGAGAGGCGGCAGCUGGUGAAGUUUCAGGUGAGGAGGAGGUUGCUGUGAACACAAAGCUUUACUUUGGUAAUCUUCCUUAUAGUGUGGACAGUGCACAGCUUGCUGGGAUUAUUCAAGACUUUGCUAGUCCUGAGCUCAUUGAGGUUCUGUAUCAUAGGGAGACUGGAAAAAGCAGAGGAUUUGCAUUUGUGACUAUGAGUACUCCUGAAGAUUGUAAAGCUGUCAUUCAAAAUCUUGACGGACGUGAAUUUGCUGGGCGAACCUUGAGGGUGAACUUUUCGGACAGGCCGAGAGCGAAAGUACCUCUAUAUCCUGAAACUGAGUACAAGCUUUUCGUUGGGAAUUUAUCCUGGUCAGUCACAUCUGAAGGUUUGACAAAAGCUUUUCAAGAAUAUGGGACUGUGGUUGGAGCUAGGGUUCUAUAUGAUGGCGAGACAGGAAGGUCUCGUGGCUAUGGAUUCGUAUGCUACUCGACGAAAUCAGAAAUGGACGCUGCCUUGGCAUCUCUCAAUGGAUUUGAACUAGAAGGAAGAGCAUUGCGUGUAAGCUUGGCUGAAGGAAAACGUUCAUAAAGUUUAGUGUUAAUUUAGAAGAAGGGUUAAUUAAUUGGAACAUGUUAAUUAGGUGAGGUAUAUGAUUCAUAUGGAAUCACAUAACGAUUUAAUUGAAACUCCCCUUUCAGUUAUUGUUGCAUUUUGUAACUCAAUUUUUUUUGUUUCACAACUUUAUGAGCGGAACUUCCUUGUGCUCGUGGAUAUAUGAUUAUUUUUGCCAUUUGGUGA